CGGAGUGUUUUGCGCAUGUGCAGAAUAGGUCAAGAUGGCGGCGCUGUGCAGGGGAGUUCUUCGGCUCACACUACUACCCAGAUGUCACAUAUUACAGGGGCUUUCCCGGGAAUACAGUGCCGGCACAUCCUAUCAGUACAUUUUGGUGCAGCGCAAAGGACAAAAUGAAAAUGUGGGUUUUAUACAACUGAAUCGACCAAAGGCGCUGAAUGCGUUGUGUGAUGGACUGAUGACCGAAAUUAAUGAAGCUCUGGACUCUUUUGAAAGGGACCCACAGGUUGGGGCAAUUGUUAUCACAGGGAGUGAGAAAGCAUUUGCUGCUGGGGCUGACAUCAAAGAGAUGCAAAACCGGACCUUCCAGGAGUGUUAUGGGGGAAGCUUCCUGUCUCACUGGAAUCGCGUGUCCACCGCGAAGAAGCCUGUUAUUGCAGCUGUUAAUGGUUAUGCACUUGGAGGAGGAUGUGAGCUGGCCAUGAUGUGUGACAUUAUCUACGCCGGUGAGAAGGCGCAGUUUGGGCAGCCAGAAAUCUUGCUUGGAACCAUUCCAGGGGCGGGUGGAACUCAGAGGCUCACAAAAGCUGUUGGGAAAUCGCUGGCUAUGGAAAUGGUCCUCACUGGUGACCGUAUAUCUGCCCAGGAGGCCAAGCAAGCCGGGCUUGUCAGCAAGGUGUAUCCAGUGGAUAAGGUUGUAGAAGAGGCCAUCAACUGUGGGGAAAAGAUAGCCAGGAACUCCAAGCUCAUUGUGGCAAUGGCCAAAGAGGCUGUUAAUGGAGCAUUUGAACUGUCCUUGUCCGAAGGAAACAGACUUGAGAAACGACUUUUCCAUUCUACAUUUGCUACGGAUGACCGGAAAGAAGGGAUGACUGCUUUUGUGGAGAAGAGGAAGGCAGACUUCACUGACCAAUAGAAUGUGAGCUGGAUCUAAUACAAACAGGAUUAAGCUGAAAGCAGGAAUUGUUGUGAUAUUUCAAAUGAUCAAAGUGCUUGUAAACUCAGCCUUAAUCCUUCCAAAACAGCACUUAGAGAGUGAAUGAGUUUAAUAUUAUUAAUCCAGAUUACCAUGACACGUUUGCUCCUGUUUUCUGCCAUGCGGUGUCCUGUCCUGGUGAGUGGUAGAGGUUUCAGAACCAGUCACAUAGGUUCACGUAAUUCAGCAAUCGAGUAUAUAAGCAUGGAGUGUUAUGUUCCAAUAAAUGUAUUUCUGUUAAAA